GGACAGAAAAGUAGUGAAGGUACACUGAAGACAGCGGAGCACUAGAAAAGAAGAGUAACUUUAUUAACAGUGAACGAUGAGGACGUUGCUGGUGCUGUGUCUGUGCCUGUAUGUCACCUGGGCUCAGGAUAAUCUGGAGUACGAUGAUUAUGGCACGGAUACCGUAGCCUCAUCAGGAUCAAAAACAAAUGAGACUGUGGAUGCUCGUGGUCAUCGUCCAAAUACUGGCGGCAGGGACAGAUACAACGCUCCUCGCAAUAAUCCUCCACCUGUCAGCGACGGUGGCAGGUAUCGUGGCCGGCCCACCACCGCUUCAGUCGGACGUUCAGUGGUGCAGGAGAAGAAGGAGCAGCCUGAGGCCGGAGGAUGCACCCACCCUUUGGAGGAGCUGGGAGUUUUAUGUCCCAAUGGCUGUGAACUGAAGACCAUGCUGCUGAAGCAAGAGAAGAAUGUCAAAACGAGCAUAAAUGAGCUAAAGCCUCAGGUGGAUGAUUUGUCCCAGUCCUCCAACAAUGUCUUCAACUAUGUCAACAGCAUUUCCAAUUCUCUAAGAGAGAGGCAGAUAGUCAUCAAUGAUAACAACAGGGUGGUCAGUCAGUACACCGAUAGCGUGGAGGAACAACAUGUCUACAUCAAAGAGACGGUCGACACUGUCUUCCCUUCCAACAUCAGAGUGCUACAGGGGGUCCUGGACAAGAUCAGGCUGAAGAUCCAGAAGCUAGAGAAGGCCAUCCAGGCCCAGAGGGAGGAGUGCAAGGAACCAUGCAAGACCACAUGUCCCAUACCAGUGGUGUCUGGUAAGGAGUGUGAGGACGUCUUCCGUCGUGGAGGAAGAGAUUCCCAGAUGUAUCUGAUCCAGCCCGACGCCUUCUACCCUGCAUACAAGGUCUUCUGUGAUCAGACCACCCAGAAUGGAGGAUGGCUUCUCAUCCAGAACCGGCUUGAUGGAAGCGUUGAGUUUGGCCGCCGCUGGGAUGAGUAUCGACGUGGUUUUGGCAACAUUGCCUUGGAUAGUGGCAAGGGUCACUGUGAGACUCCCGGUGAAUACUGGCUGGGUAAUGACCGGAUUAGUCAGGUGACGAAAAUGGGCCCCACUGAGGUUCUCAUUGAGAUGCAGGACUGGACAGGAGCCAAGGUCCACGCCCAGUAUCAACAGUUCACAGUUCAAUCAGAGACGUCCAACUACAUCCUGGCAGUUGAUGGUUACACUGGUAACGCUGGCAACUGUUUCCUGGAAGGAUCCGUGGAGCUCUUUGGUGAAAACCGCACCAUGACCAUUCACAACGGCAUGAUGUUCAGCACCUACGACAGGGACAACGACAACUGGAACCCCGGCAAUCCCUCCAAACAGUGCUCCAGGGAAGACGGAGGUGGAUGGUGGUACAACCGCUGUCACUCAGCCAAUCCCAAUGGCCGAUACUACAUGGGCGGGGCCUACACAGCUCAAAUGGCCAAGCAUGGCACAGAUGACGGCGUGGUGUGGAUGAACUGGAAGGGAAGCUGGUAUUCGCUCAAGGCCAUCAGCAUGAAGAUCCGACCCUUCUUUGUCUCACGAUAAUCGUGCUGUGAUCACAUGUGCAUAUAACACACAGGAAGCUGCCAAAAUAAAAGACACCUGAGUGUUAAUAUUGAAUGAACAUUUUAGUGUGUCCUUUGUUUAAGCUGUAACCUUGAAGUAGAUGGACACACAUUUACACACAGUCAGGACGUGUGAAAGUACAAACACAGUUUCAGAUGAAAGCUCAAAGGCUUUUCACACUUAAGGAAGAGAAGUAGAAGAGAUAUUUUUGAAAUAAAAAGGUCUGACUGGUUGUGUGUGAAUGUGCUGUGAUCUGUUAUAUGUCAUGUCUUCAGUGUGCACUACUAGGACAAGUUGAUUCCAGCUGUCCUCCGCUACUCAAUAAACAUGUUGAGGAAUAUAAAA